AGACGCGUAGUUUGUCGUUUUUAUCCGUUAACAAAAUCCUAUUUUCGCCCUCUGUCUCAGGAACUUCAAUUAUCUCCUAAUUAAACAGAUCUAGGGUUUCUCUUUGCAAUUGAGCGAAAUGGAUGCCUUGGACUCCGUCUUCGAUCCUCUCAGAGAGUUCGCCAAGGACAGUGUACGCCUUGUUAAGAGGUGCCACAAGCCUGAUCGCAAAGAAUUCACGAAGGUCGCGUUCCGUACUGCAAUUGGUUUCGUGGUGAUGGGAUUCGUCGGAUUCUUCGUGAAGUUGAUCUUCAUUCCGAUCAACAACAUUAUCGUCGGUUCUAGUUAGGAGGAUAGCGAGUACACAAGUAGAAGAGCACAUCUUAAAGCUUAUGGAAAUUGGAUGUCCUAGUUGUGGGCAUUAGCUUGAGGCUGAGCCUGUGUGCAUCUUUGGUCCAUUUCAGACUCGCAAGGCAAACAACUUUAGGCUUCGAUUAUAGGGCUUUUGGAUUGGAAAACCCAAAUUGGUGCCAAUCACUUUUUCUUUAUACUAGAAAAAUUAUAGAACUUAAUCAAGGAAAAGAAGUGGAGUAAGAUUGUGUAUCUAAGUCUCUAGUCUGUUAUUGUUAUAUUAAAUUAAAUAAACAGGUUCGGUUUUUGAGUAAUAGUACUCUAUCUCCGUCUAGUCUAUUCAUUUACGUAUUAAACAGGCUAGUUUGAGAGGGAUAUUAUAGGUAACUUGAAUUGGAUCCCUAAUUGGGUUCCAUUCCUAAUCCGGAUAACUUAGAAGGGGAAAAUGCCGACAGACCAGCUGGAAUAUUAUCGAGUACUUGAAAAGGAAAAUGGGGUCACAGAUAGUCGGAUGGGGUGUAUAUCCAGUGAGAGUUUUGCAUAUAUGCAUGUGGAGACUGGAGAGUGCAGAAUCUCACAAGAUAAGUACAAGUGAAGACGUGGCACUGUGUCCUUACUUUGGAAGAUUAUCCCUUUCUCGACAAAUAAGAUGCUGUAGAGAGCAAGAAAAAUUUACAACAACAAAUCGAUUCAAUUGUAGAAUACAAAGGGAUAAAGCAGGCACAUAAUUUACUAAGGUCUAGUUGGACGAAAUUAGUUGUUGUAUAUUGUUAUUUUAAUAAUUAUCUGCUGUUUUAUUAAUACUGCAA